AUGUCAGGGCAGCCGGACAACUGGGAGGAUGAGGACUGUGGCCAAAUUCUGGGAGGCAGUUUCGGGCGAUGGAACGAUGAAGACUGUGCUGUCAAGAGAAAAUUCAUCUGCAAAUAUAUUGAAGAAAACCCCGUCCCUCGCUGUGACGUGGCCAGCGGCUGGUUCACGUUCGGCUCCAACUGCUACAAGCUCAAAGCCGACACCAAGAAGAGCUGGUCAGAAGCCAGACACGACUGUUUACAGGAGGGGGCGGAUCUGGUGUCCAUCAUGAGUCAAGAGGAAGAGCAGUACAUCGUGGGGAGACUGGACCCCUCCCACACCGACCUGUGGAUCGGCCUGACCACUCUGAAAUGCAACAAAAUCUCAUGUCAAGUUGAAGCAGGAAACACUCAGUUCUUCUGGUCGGACGCACAGACGCUCGGGUUUGUGAACUGGGGUCAGAACGAACCCGCUCCAGACGGACAGGUGGGCUCCUCUGCGGCCAUCAUCAAAGAUUCUUCAGCACAAUAUGGGAAAUGGAGGUCUCACGUGUGUCGGUACGAACGCCCGUACAUGUGCAAGAAACCUCUGAACACGCUGUGUCCUUCUGGGUGGCAGAGUUUCAACGGCAGCUGCUACUGGUUUGUGAGUAACACCAACCUCCUGACGACGUGGCACGAGGCCUUCACACAGUGCUCCUCCAUGGGCUCCAACUUACUAAUCAUAAACAGCAAAGAGGAACAGUUCUUCAUCAACGGGAAACUCCCAGACUUCCACCACGUCGACAUCCCAGAUAUUUGGAUGGGUCUAUCAGAUAUGUACAAAGACGGAGAAUUCAAAUGGAUCGAUAAAAGUGCCUUGGGAUUCUCAAACUUUGCUCCUGGUUUCCCCAAGAACACCGAGCACUUUUGGGACUGCGGACAAAUCUAUACAGGGAAUUAUGAAGGAAAAUGGGAAACUACCAACUGCUUCAAGAGUUUGGGCUACAUUUGUGAGAUGACUGGAGGACAAAACCCCAAACCCACAUCGACUCCUGACUCCCACUGUGACGCUGGAUACCUGUUGUACGGAGACUUCUGUUAUCAGUUUGAGACGGAUGAGACGAAGACCUGGCAGGACGCAGAGGCUCACUGCACCAAGGAGCAGGCCCACCUGCUCAGCGUCCACUCUGAGGAGGAGCUGGGCUUUGUCACAGCUCACAUGCCCGGAGAAGCCUGGACCGGUCUGAACGACAUCAACGUCGAAGGCCAGUUUGUUUACACUGACGGAACUGCAGCCGAUUUUCUCCCUUGGGCGCCACAUCAACCUGAUAAUUUUAAUAACGCUGAAGAUUGUGUGAACAUUAAAGGAAUGGAUCACGAAUAUCCUGGAAAAUUCAGUGACGACUUCUGCACAAGCACAAAGGAUUUUAUCUGCAAAAAAGCCAAAGGACAAGGACCCCCUCCACAGCCGCCCACAUCUGGACCAGGUUGGAAUGAUAAGUGUGGUUCCUGGAUGGCGGACCCCUUUAAUGACUUCUGUUACCUCCUGAACGUCCUGAGUCUGAGGACCUGGGCCGAGGCUCGAGCCGACUGCCUCCAUCAGGGAGGAGACCUGGUCAGCAUCACCGACCCUUCAGAACAAGGAUUCAUACAAGCUGUGAUCCAGCAGACUCCCACUGGGGUGUCCCUGUGGAUGGGAGGUCACGACUCGGUGACUGAGGGGGGAUGGGAGUGGACCGAUGGAUCUCCGUUCAGAUACAUUCGCUGGAGUUCAGGAAACCCGGACGACUACGACGGAGAAGACUGUUUAUCCAUCUUUAUCAAUGACGGAUACUGGAACGACGACAACUGUGAGAACAAGAGAGGAUACAUCUGCAAGAAGAGAGGAAGAACACCUGAGCCUCCUCCACCCCACGACGGUUUUAUGACAGCUGUGGUUUGCCAAGACUCUUCCGCUGUUCUCCACUGUCCUCAAGAGAGCGUCAUCAACAUCCAGUCUGCUUUUUACGGACGAAGGAGCGACGACAUCUGUCCUCACCUGGGGUCCUCUGACGGUUCUUGCGUGGUGGAGGGGAUCCUGCCGUACUACAGGAAGCACUGUGACAAGAGGCCGUUCUGUUUUGUCUAUGCCCACGUGGACGAGGACCCUUGCCCCACCGUCUCUAAGUACAUGGAGAUCACAUACAGCUGCGAACAGAAAGUUUGUCUGCAUGGCCUCGGUUUGGAGAACGGCAGUAUCUCCAACGCGCAGCUCUCCGCCUCCUCUUUCCUUCCGUCCAAUGCUCCCAGUAAAGCUCGUCUGAACGGAAACUCCUGUUGGAUGCCGUCUAGAAACCCUUCUUCAAGUUGGAUUCAAGUGGAUUUGGGCCACACAAAUAAGGUGACUGGGAUUGUGGUCCAGGGUUGCCCGCAGAAUGACCACUGGAUCACCAAGUUUAAAGUUCAGCACAGUGCGGACGGAGUGACCUGGAAAGACUACACUGCAGAUGGAGAGCAUUUUCCAGGCUCCACCGACAGGAACACACCAGAGACACAGCUGCUGGGCUCUCCUGUGUCAGCACAAUACAUCCGCAUCUGGCCACUGGAGUACAGGGGCCAGGCGGGUCUUCGGUUCGACGUCCUGGGAUGCAGACCUGAUUACGCUAUCACCUGCGCCAACAAGCCCAACUUCAAUUUUGCCAGUGACAAAAUGACAGUUCAUUGUCCGGCUGCCUGCGCUACAGAAAGCUACCGGGUUUAUGGGACCUCGGUGUAUCGUGGGGACUCGAACAUCUGUGCUGCAGCCGUACACGCAGGAGUGAUCGUGAAUGACAUCGGAGGAGACUGCACUUUGCUGAAAGCCCCAGGACAAGACUUCUACCCCGGCUCCACGAGGAACGGCAUCACCUCUCGCCAAUUUGACGGAAACUACGCAGUCUCUUACACAUUUGCUGAUGGGGAGGUGAGGUGUCCUGGUCUGGACUGGUACGAGUUUGGGGGUUUUUGCUACAAACCGUACAGCGACAGAAAGACCUGGCACGGAGCCCAGGCCAGCUGCAGGAAAGUGGGGGCCGAGCUCGUCUCCAUUCUCUCCAUGAACGAACAGAGCUGGUUGGAGAGCUACCUCUACAAUGAACCCAGUGAUGUUUGGAUCGGGAUGAACGACUUCCUCUACAGCGGCUUCUUCACCUGGUCUGACCGCCACAUGGUCAGCUUCACCUACUGGGCACCAGGAGAACCCAACAACCACGACGGCUUCACGGAGGACUGUGUGGAGAUGCUGCAGACGACUGGACGAUGGAAUGAUGUUUCUUGCACAGAACUCAACACUUACAUCUGCAAAAUGCCAAAAGCACAUUUUCCGUUGCCGUCGGUUCAGCCCACAGUUUACGGAUGUCCUCAGGGCUGGAACGCCUACGGUUACUCCUGUUACUGGAUGGAGGAGACGGCGAGGAGCUGGGACGAUGCUAAAAAGUUCUGUAAAGAUCAGGACAGUUUCUUGGUUCAUGUUGGAGACAUUUAUGAGCAGUCCCACUUCACGGUGGUGCUCUCUGGGAAGACCGGCUUCUGGUGGAUCGGUCUUCGAGCUCGAGGGGGAGUUACCGGAGGAGUGGACUACCUCUGGGACAAUGGAUUACCUCUGACCUUCACCCACUGGGACAGAAACCAACCAGACAAUGAAGACGGGACGUGUGUGGCCAUGACUUCGGGUCAGGUCGGAGGCUUCUGGGAUGACAAGCAGUGCUCAGAAAAGUUUAAUUUCAUCUGUGAGAAAGAGAGACCGGAUAUUUCUCCUCCCACGAAGCCUCCGACUCCUCCUCCUGCUCAGGGAUGUGCCAACGGCUGGACAGCUCAGCCUCACUUCAGGAACUGCUACAGGCUGUUCCAUGACGUGGACUGGUCCAUGAAGAAGAGCUGGCAGGCGGCUUCUGAGGACUGCAUGUCCAGGGGAGCUCACCUGGUCAGCAUCCACAACCAGGAGGAGGAGGAGUUCUUAUCUCUGUACAGUAAAGGCACCAGCAAGUGGAUCGGACUGAAGCACAACCCCACAGGAGGAGGUUACUCCUGGAGCGACGGCUCUCCUCUCUCUCACACAAACUGGGCUCAUGGAGAACCCAACAACCACGAGGGCCGCGAGGAGUGUGUGGAGAUGGUCAGCAGCACCAACGGCACCGCCUCCUGGUGGAACGACCUCAACUGUGACGCUCACCAGGACUGGAUCUGCAUGAUCUCCAAAGGGAAGAACCCGGUCCUGCCACCAGUACCUCCUCCUCCACUACCAGCCCCUGACUGUGGCACUAACCCCGGGUGGAGGAAGAACAACGACAUCUGUUAUUACUACAAUGACACUGAUGUGGUGGACUUCCACACGGCCAUGAUGCGCUGCUACACGGAGAAGGCGGCUUUAGUUUCAAUCCUGAGCAAAGAGGAACAGGCCUACGUCAACACUAUGGUGGGAACAGGAAAUGUUGCCGUUUCCUGGAUUGGGAUGAGAAUGUUUGGUAUCGCAAAUGGACAAUACAAGUGGGUGGACUUCUCCCCAGUGACAUACACCCACUGGUCCCCUGGAGAACCAAACAAUGCUAAUGGGGAAGAGCAGUGUGUUCAGAUGAACCGGCAUCAGGGUGGCUGGAAUGAUGCAAACUGUGGUCGAACGGCUGGAUACGUCUGUAAGAAGUUCCCUGGAGGUCACCACACCCCUCCCCCGCCCACACAGCCCUGGGAAGGAAACUGUCCUGCAGGCUGGCUUCGCUUCAAAGACAAGUGCUUUAUGUUCAAAGGAAAAAAGAACGACUUGAGAGCUAACUGGUCUCAUGCCCGAAGUUGGUGCAAAGAGCAAGGAGGCGAGCUGGCGGUGAUUGACAACCAGUAUGAAAAUGACUUUGUGUCCAGUUAUCUGAGGGACUUGCGGCGGCCCACAUGGAUCGGGCUGUCGGACCUGCUGGUGGAGAACCAGUACGCCUGGAGCGACGGGGUCAGCCCUGUGCUCUACACCAACUGGAACGACAAGGAGCCCAACAACGCAGGAGGAGCGGAGCACUGUGUGGCGCUGAGUCACAACCAACUGGUCACGGGAAAGUGGAACGACGACGCCUGUCACAAAGAUCACAGCUUCGUCUGCUCCAGAAAGAAAUCGAGCAGCAUCCAACCUCCACCUCCGACCCAGAGCCCGUGUCCUUCUGGGUAUAUCUCCUGGUAUCUGAAUUGCUACAAACUUGUUGAAGAACCAGCCACGUGGGACGCAGCCGAAAAGGCGUGUGGUCAGACCGGGGGGAACCUGGCCAGCAUCGACAUGAGCUACGACCAGGCGUUUGUGGCCGGGGUCGUACUGCAGGGGAAAGCUGAUGCCUGGAUCGGACUGAGGCGGAAGGAGGACGGUUCGUACACGUGGACAGACGGGUGGCCAGUUUUCUUUACCCAGUGGGGACCAGGAGAACCCUCAAACAUCGAGGGCGAGGGUUGUGUGAGCAUGCACGCCUCGCCCUUCUUUCACGGCACGUGGAACGACACCAAGUGCAGUGACGCCAAACCCUACGUCUGCAAGACCUCGAAAGAGAGCCCGCCUCCCACUCCUGGUCCCGGCAGCGGAAAGUGCCUCCCGGGAUUCAUGCCGUACGGACACCACUGUUACUACGUCUACAACGGUCCGACGGGUUUCUCUUGGCCCGACGCCAGACACUACUGUACGGCGGUGAAGGCAGACAUGGCGUCUCUCCACAGCCGAGCGGAAGUCGAGUUCCUCAGAAACCUCAACUACACCAAAGAGCACAAUGUCUGGAUCGGACUCACCAGAGACCAGAACUUCGGCUGGGCCUGGACCGAUAAGACGUCAGUGGGAUUCUUUAACUGGGCGCAGGGAGAACCCAACGAGGCGUUCCAUCCUGGAGAAGUCGCCGAAGAGAACUGUGUAGAGAUGUAUCCUGACGGCAACUGGAACGACAACAACUGCCUCCAGAAGAGAGGCUUCGCGUGUCGCCAUCGCCAAUAUCAUCAAACAGACGAUGGAGGAAAUCCGAUUUUUCCCACUGAUCCUCCAGGUGUUAAUAACGCUGGACUCGUCGCUGGUGCAAUCUUUGGAGCCAUUAUAUUUGUCUGCCUGAUCGGAGGAUUACUGUAUUAUGUCAUCAACGUCCGUGGGUAUAAACUCUCCAACAUCAGCCUGCCAUCGUCACGAAAUACUCCAAGGGUAGAUGUGCCUGCAUUCAGCAACCCCAACUUUGGAGGAGAAUCUGAUACUUAG